AUGCGAAGUACCGUGCUCCAAGCCACCGCGAUCAACACGAUCGGCCUAGUGUGCCACCACUACGCAGCCUAUGGCUUACUAGACAAGCUCCAGGAGAACGAGACUUUCCUCACCUUUUCGAGAUUAUACUAUGAAUCAACGUCUGUCCAGGCCGCGAAUGAGCAGAACCAAGGACCGCUAAACCAGACCAUGGGGCACACCACCAACGCGACAGCACCAGUACCUAACGACGCGCCAGAGUCCUUCUACGGCCAGGAGCUCCCAAGGGGGGUCAUGAUGGUGUUUUUGCUUUCCAUACUGCAGUAUUGGUGGUUCAUCGCUCUCGAAAGACUGCUUCCGGCUCGGCCGCGAAACCGGGGGAUGCCGCAAUACCACACCUCGUCCUCGUCCUCCUCAUCACAAGAACCAACAGCAGCAGCAGCAGCAGAGGUUGAAUUCGAAGAAAUGCCAGACCGCGAGGAAAAAGUAGUCCAGAAAUGGAUUGCACAGGGCCGAGUUCGCCGCGCCUCGUUGAACUGGUGUAACACGCUGCUCAAGUGGAUGCUCGACAUGAGCGUAGGCAGCCUGUGGUAUCACGUUGCGCGUGAAAUGUUGAUGGAGCUGCUGAGAUUGCGCUCGCCGGUGAGAGUGUUUCGGGAGUUGAAGAUUAGCCUCGUUCUCUACUACGCUAGUGUAUGCUUUUCCAUCACGCCGCUGGCACAUCUCACGGCGUUUGUUGUUGUGCCCGCACACAAGCAACUGGUGUUUACGCAGGGAGUCGAGUUGCUUGCAGCCAUGUUCUUCUACACUGUGUUCCGCGUGUUUGCCAUGUGGGCCGUGGAAACGCAGGUUAUACAGGUUUUCAUGAAGAAUGUGACUGCGGAGGCAGAGAGGGAUCCGAAGAGGUUUGGGCUCGAGGGGAGGGAGCUGUGAGGGGGGUUGAGGGAGUGGAGAGAUGGAGGGAUGGGGAGGGCGAAGGGAUGGUGUUUUGGCUAUGGAAUUAAUUCGUUGGUGGUUUCCAU